UUGUUUUAAUUUAGGUACUUUUUCAUGCACAUGUACAGUAUGUGCAAUAAAAAUACAUCUUGAAAAUUUCUUUUAUAAUCAUUUCUUUAAUAAUUUUGAUAUAUCAAUGCGUAGUAUUUUAUACAAAAAAUAUAACCUCUAUCAAAAUAACACAUAUGUACACCGAGGAAACAAAAUGAAUAUUCCCGUUAUAAACAGGAUUAUUUUCAGGAGAAUAUCUACCUCGAUUUAUAAGAGUUUAAGAUCAAACUGUAAAAUAAUCGAUGGAAAGAAAAUAUCUCAGGAUAUCCAGAAAACAUUAUCUAUUGAUAUUGAAGAAUGGGUAAAAAGAGGACAUAGAGCUCCAUGUCUAAUAGCAAUUUUAGUUGGAGAGGACCCGGCAAGUCAGAAAUAUGUAGAAAAUAAAAUGGUUGCUGCAAAAAAUGUCGGUAUUGUGAGCAAAACUAUACGUCUACCAAAAACAUCAGCAGAGGAAGACAUAAUUUCUAAAAUAAAAGAACUUAAUAAUGAUUCCACAGUAGAUGGCAUAUUAGUGCAACUUCCAGUACCAGAACAUGUUUCUGAACAAAAUGUUUGUAAUGCUGUUGAUCCAAGGAAGGAUGUAGAUGGAUUUCAUAUAAUAAAUAUGGGAAAAUUAACAAAUAACAUGGAUACAUUUAUUCCAUGUACUGCAUUGGGGGUAAUUGAACUUAUAAAAAGAUCUGGAAUUGAAACUUUUGGAAAGAAUGUUGUGGUUUGUGGUAGAUCAAAAAAUGUAGGUCUUCCUAUUGCUUUACUAUUGCAUUCCGAUGCUAAAUAUGAUUGUCCAGGUUUGGAAGCCACAGUAACUUUAUGUCAUCGACAUACCCCUCGUGAAGAACUAAAAUAUUUUACAAAGAAAGCUGACAUAAUUAUAAGUGCCACAGGUGUUGUCAAUUUAAUCACAUCAGAUAUCGUCAAGCCUGGUGUAUGUAUUAUAGAUGUUGGUAUAACAAGAGUGCCAACAAAGGAAGGAAAAACUAAAAUUGUUGGAGACGUUGAUUUUGAAAAUGUACGUAAAAUUGCAGGGUACAUUACACCAGUUCCAGGAGGGGUUGGGCCGAUGACUGUAGCAAUGUUAAUGGCAAACACAUUUAAAGCUGCAAAAAAAUUAGGAAAUAUAGAAAAUAUUUGUUGAUUUUUUAUUUAAACAAAAUUAAAUAUAUUUAUAUACAUUUUAAUCUAUUGCAUAUGUAAGAUAUAUUAAAACAAAUUUAAUCUUAUUGUUUUUGUUGCAUUUGAAAGAUGUGUACAAUGUGAACGUUUAGAAUGGAAAACAAAUAAAAUACGCCCUGUAUAAUUUUCA